AUGAUAACCCGAAACCGAGCUUUUCGAUCGAUGGGGAUAUGUGGGCAUUAUGAUACUUCAACAGAGAUCGGCGUCUGUCUCUGGAGUGGAGCUGAACAAAAUAAUCCGACGGUGGAAACUGCUGGCUGGCUUAACGGGCUGAAGACCUCUAACUGCGGCAAAAGGGUGUAUAUUCAAAGGAAGGGGAGGCCCGAUACUGUCCAGUACGCCAAAGUCCUUGAUGGCUGCUCUUUCGAUGAGACUUCAUCUUGGCCGGGAUGCUUUGAAAUUGCUAUAACUACAAAGCUCUUUGAGCUUUUUCGUCCAACCAAAAAAGAACGGGAUGCUGGAUAUAUUCUUGGUGGCUUCACUUGGGACUUCCAGGCGCCUGCCCCGCGACCACAGCCGCUGCAUGCGUAUCCACAACCACCCCAAGUACCGCCCAACUUGCAGCCGCAACCCCACUCCUCGCCGCCGCGCUCCCAGGUCGCCUCUCCCGCCCACCCACCACGCCAGCAGCAAUCAAAGGAAUCCGCCGCGUCCAAAUUCAAGGGCCCUCCAAGGGCAAUCAUCCUUGAAUUUGCGGUUUUUGCCCCUUCUGUUGCCCACGAGAUCGCCCUAGCUCAGAAGGGGAAACCGACGCCGGCCGUGCCCGAAUGGUCAAAGUUAGGCCACGCAGGCGUCAUUACCUGGAUGGUCCACCUCUUGGACUACUCGUUUGACUUGUUCAAACAAGAUUUCAUCACAAGGGUGUCGGUCAAUCGCGAACAUGUCUGCACGCAUUUGAGGAAGUUGGAGUUGGAGGGCAAUAAGAUCCAGUGGCGGUGCACGAUCCACAACAAUCGUGUUUUCGGAGUCGCCCGCAACACGGCAGUCACAUCCAAGGAAGAAUGGUCGAACUUCGUGACAGAGGUAGCUCGCAACCCCGGGAAUGAGGUCAAAGUGAAAAUCACCAUGCAGGACCCAUCAGUCCUGGAGAAGCAGGCUGCCGCGGCCUUGAUUCCGAUCUACACGAAUAACUUGUGGCAGUGGGCACGGGCCAUCCGUCACGGGGCCCCAGGAGUGGACUACGACAAUCCCCCCAGGUCAAAGGACUUCGUAAGCGAAAAAGUUCCCAUCCUCACCCUAGACGAGGUCGCCGAAAAGGCGCCGAUCCAUCGCAAAGGCAAAGGCGGCGGCAAGGCCGCCAAAUCCAACUCCGCCACCCCAAAGUUCACUACAGCCCGGGUCACCGCAAACGGGAUCGUCCGCCCCCCCCGGAUGAUCCAUGAUACACCGACGCCGGCUCGGGUUGGUUCGGAUCGCGCGAAGGCGGGGGCCUCGCGGGCAACAACCAGUACACCCCAAGCGGCGCCGCCACCGAUUCAACCCCCUUCACCUCGGAUCCCAGUGCCCGCCGUGUCCUAUUGGGGGGAUCCUUGCGACGGCGAGAUGGCUCCUAUAUCCCAACCACGCGUCCCCAUAAACGCCCGGGUGGGGGUGCCCAUCCAAUCAGAAUCCCCUCAGGGGUUGCCUGACGUCAACGAGCUGGACCGCCUGAGCCCAAGUGCCCCGGGGUCGCCCUCCGAGUCGCAGGCCAACUCGUCGGACACCGAUCACUACCCUGAGGACCCAGCCGAGCAUGACGCAAUGGAGCGUGCACUGCGCCCCUUCGCCCGGCCGCCAGCUAAGUCCCCACAGCAGUCAAUCUCCGUGGCCAGCACGGAAAUCGAUUAUGUUUUCCUCUUACUCUUAUAUCUGUGA